GAUAAUAUUUCGCAGCUAACAGAGAGAAGCAUGGUUGAUAACACAAGUGUAGCAACUAAAUCUGCUUUGCAAGGCUGUUUCUCGUCCGCCGGCAGCCUUCCCCUCCAGGCUCCCUCCGCCUCCUCCCACAACCCGUUCUCCGGUACCCUAUCCAACCAGGCCGGCAGCGGCGGCAUGAAGCUCGAGGCGGUCAUGGAGAACCUGCAGCGGCAACAGGCAGCGCGUCUGGCUGUUGAGGAGAAGCUCCGAGAGAAAGAUAUUCAGUCCAUGGCUGAGUCCCAGAUACAUCAACAAGCUCUAGCUUUCCGCCACUACCAAGCAGCGAUGCGCGGCGCUCUGGCUGGCGGAGUUACCAACACGUCCCACGGGGUGACGCUCCCUAUCCAGGAGGUCCGCAUAGUUGACGGGGACUCAUCCAGAGCGGACAGCGUUAAGGAGGGGAACGAGGAGGGAGAUGACACGGAGGAGCAAGAGAUCAUGGAUGGUGAUGAGGAGGAGGACGGGGACGGGUUGGACCACUACCAGCACGGGCAGUCCUUGGUCCAGGGGACUGGUCUAGCUCCGACGCAUCUGAUGGCCAGAGUCCAGACAGCCUUCGCCCAAGCCCGUCGCGCAGAGUCUCCAUCGGCGCAACCCCAGUCCCAGCAACAUGAGUGGACCUAUGAAGAGCAGUUCAAACAGUUGUAUGACUUGGAUGAUGAUGAAAAGCGCAAAGAGUUUCUAGAUGACCUUUUCAGUUUCAUGCAGAAACGGGGGACUCCAGUAAAUCGGAUUCCUAUCAUGGCCAAGCAGGUGCUGGAUCUCUACAUGCUCUACAAGCUCGUCACAGAAAAAGGUGGCUUAGUGGAAGUCAUCAAUAAGAAAAUAUGGCGUGAGAUCACCAAAGGCCUUAACCUUCCUACCUCCAUUACCAGUGCAGCUUUCACUCUCCGAACACAGUAUAUGAAGUACCUCUACCCGUAUGAAUGUGAAAAGCAGGGACUGAGCUCCCCUGGAGAGCUUCAGGCGGCUAUCGACAGCAACCGGCGGGAAGGCCGUCGGCAGAGCUAUGGCUCUGCCAUUUUCAACUAUUCUCCUGUGGGCACCCCCACCCUCCUGUCCCCACAAAAGAUGCAAAUAUCCCAUCUAUCUACAGUCUCUAAUAACAGUGGUCAUAUCUCCCAGGGGCCUGUGAUUAAAAAAGAGGAGCAUAUAAUGGCCAGCUGCCUUCCCAGCCGGGUGGCCCUCCAUUUGUCACCCAGCGGCCACCAUGCGGCAGCUGUGGCUGCCCAGGCAGCAGCUGCUCAGGCAGCAGCAGCCAUACAGGCUGCAGCUCUGGAGCAGCUCAGAGAGAAACUGGAAAACGGUGAACCACCAGAGAAGAAGAUGAUGAUGGUGGCAGAGGAGCAGCAGAGGAUCAUGCAACAUGCCCUGCAGCAGAACUUGCUGGCAGUGGCAACUCAGUUACCCCUCAACAUCAAACUCAACAACAGAGAUGAUAGACAAGAGACCGCAUUGAACCUGUCUACCAACGGCAUUAGCAGCAUCAACAUGUCAAUAGAAAUAAAUGGAGUUGUCUACACAGGCGUCCUGUUUGCUCGACAUUCGCCCAUGGCAAUGAUGGUGGGACAUCGUGGGAAACACAGCCACUGUAAGACUCAGGGAAAGACCAGUCCCACACAGUUCCAGGCCUCCUGCUCCUCCUCAUCCUGCUCCUCUUCCUCAUUCCAUGGACACAGAAACUCCUCCCCCUGAGUUUCCUGUCUCUCCUCACCUCCUCAUCACCUUCUCAUCUAAAGCCAUUUUCUUCUUAAAGACAUCAAGCAGUUGGAGACAUGAUCAUCAGGCAAACUUCUCUCCAGCCACUCAGUCAGAUUUCUUGUAAGUCACAUAAAAACAAAUAGAAAAGCAGCAAACUUGUUUUUAUAGACUAACUUCUUUGAUAAGAGAUCUGCCCAUCUUAUCCUCAUUCUUAUCCCCACACCUCCGUCAACCAUUAACUGAAGACUCCUUCUUGUGCACCGUUGUGCACUGGUAACCUUCAGCAACAAGUAACAGCUGAUGCUUGAAGGCUUUUUAACAAUCCUCAGAAAUGCAUUGCUUACAGCUGAUACCAAAGAAGAAAACAAAUCUCUUAGCACCAAUGAUCAGUGAGCUUUAUUACCAAUGAUCAAACCUGAUGGUCUGAGCAAGAAUACAGAGGCAAGGUGCAUCUGAAGUAGAUAUUACUAUUGUGCUUAGCAGUAAUGUCUUAAUAGAGAAUUAACAGCAAGGCUAGAUAAAGGAAUGUGUGUACAUCCAAGCAGGAACAUUGAAAAUGAGAGUGAAUCAUCUUAUAUGUGGGUUUCUUUAUUGAGUAGUUUACUAGUAUCUCCUUUUACACACAAUGAGUUCACAGAAAACCAAGAGCUAGGUGUCUUAGUUGCCAAUGGAACCAUGCAAAUAAGGUUAACACAUACCUUUAUCCACUAGUAACAAACAAGUCUGUCUCAAGAGUAAUGUGCGCACACAUAUCAUUGGGGUCAGAUUAACUUGUCAGGGCAGGCCAAACAUAGCCAGCCACAUUGCCCUCUCACAUACAUCCCUCAAACCAGUCAGCCGAGAGUCCCAGAAGCCAUCCAGUAUUGUGUGUGUCACUUGUGAUUUUUUUGUUUCAGGAUAUCAGCCAUCUAACUAUAAUAUUAAUUCAUUCAUCCAUUUUAAAUUUAAUCUUUGUAUUCAGGUUAUUCAUAUGUUGCAGUGGUGCAUAGUAGUAGGUAGAUGGUAGUUUACACAGAGGAAAUAUAGGGAUCCUGGAGAGUCUUGAGCACUGAGGCAGUUGCCAGCUCAGUCCACUU